AUGCUAGUGUGCCGGAGGUGCUGGUGGGGGACUACCUGCGCCUGCGGAAAGUGGUGGACAGCAUCGUUGGUGAGCCAGCUACCGCCAAGUUUGCAGUUUCUAUCGAGUGUUGAUCUUCUCACAUGGCAUCGCUGCUGCUGCUCGGUGUGUAAGUCCAUAUUGCAACAAAGAAAACCAUAUUGUUUCCUGCAGCUCAGUCUUCAUGCCCUUUACUCUUCGCCCAGACAGAGUGCACGCCGUGCAGCCCUGUGUCUUUCUUCGAAUCCAUGUGCAUCGCAGCCAACACCAUCAAGUUCACAUCGGAGGAGGAGCAAGCUGAUGUCUUCCACGCGUUCAUGCAGCCGCAUCACAAGAGGCAUGCGCAUGGCGGUAGUGGCUUAAGUCUUCACAUAUCAAAACAACUGGUGGCUCUCAUGGGCGGCAGCAUCGGUCUGCUCAGCACGGAGGGCCGUGGCACCACGCUGCAUGUCGCGCUGCCCAUGGCCUCUGCUCCCUCUGCUGAUGAAUGUGCCACGCGCACAGGCGUUUGCAGUGGCGCUGCUGCUGCUGCCGCUAGUCCCUUCGCAGCCUGCUGUGCAAGGAGUCCCUUGAACAGUCACGAACAACUGGCAGCAGGGGAGAGCGGUGAAGGGGCGGGGUGCACAGGGAUUGGGGGACAGGCGAGGGCAGCAGGUGUGGAGGCAGGCGGACGCACACAGCAGGCAGCGGCACGGGGAGUGGGAGAGGUGGAGAGGCGUGGUUUGGAGGUGAAGUGGGGUAGUGCCAAGGAGGCUCUGCAGGAGAUGAUGCGCGGCAUGGCCAUCCUGGUGGUGGACGACAAUGUGAUAAACCGGCGGGUGGCAGCGAGCACGCUGGGGCGAUACGGUGCUGACGUCACACUGGCAGAGUCAGGCGAGGCGGCUCUGCUGCUGCUGCGGCCUCCGCACUCCUUCCGCCUCGUGCUCAUGGACCUCCACAUGCCCCUCAUGGACGGGUACGAAACUGUCACUCGGCUACGCGGCAUGGAGCAGGAUUCAGAUGGUGCGGGGAGGGCAGACUGCAUGCAGCCCACGUGGGUGGUGGCCAUGUCAGCCGACGUUGACAGCGCAGUUGCGGCCCGCGCUGCACAAGUGGGCAUGAAUGGGGUCAUGCAGAAACCACUCAACGAGAAACAACUCUUGUAUGUCCUGAGAACUCUAUGAUUAACAAACAUAUUACCGUUAAUUAACCACUAAUUUAUCGACGACAACACGACAUGACCAUAGCACAAUUGUGUAACGUCACUAACUACUGCAAUAAGGCGGGUGCCUCCUCCCUCCCUGGAAAGGGGUUUUUAUCCAC